GCUCGCUACCAUCACACUCGACUCGUUCACCUCAAACAACGUAUUUAACGUUGUCCCCGGCUCUCAAGGUGGUGCAUGAUACGCCACCUCCUCUUCGCCACCACAAAACAGCUCUCUCACAGAGCACUCCACCACUCAUCACCAUCCCUCCUAGCUCUCCUCUGCCGUCAACUCGCAUCUGGCACCCAGUUGCCACUCAACACACGCCACUUUCACUACACACCCACCAUGUCGGCCCCAGAGGCGACUAAGCCCCAGGCUGAGGCUACCCCCGCUGCCUCGAGCGGCGCCAGCACCCCCACUACCGACGGCUCCGCUCCGUCGAAGAAGGGAGCUAAAAAGGCCGCCAAGCUCGCGGAGAAGGCUGCCAAGCAGGCCGCUAAGGCUUCGACUGCCUCUGCUCAGCCCGCUGCUCCCAAGAAGGAGAAGAAGGAGAAGGAGAAGAAGGUCGAGCAGCCCGCCGAGGAGUGGAUCAACCCCACUCCGGAGGGCGAGAAGAAGGAUGUCUCCGGAGACCUCUGGGCUGGCGGCUACGACCCCGUCAAGGUCGAGGCCGCCCACUACGCCUGGUGGGACAAGCAGGGCUUCUUCCAGCCCAAGUACCAGGAGGACGGCUCACCACUUCCCAAGGGCACUUUCUCCAUGGCAUUCCCCCCUCCCAACGUCACUGGCAAUCUGCACAUCGGCCACGCUCUUACCGUCGCCAUCCAGGACGCGCUCAUCCGCUGGAAGCGCAUGCAGGGUUACACCACCAUCUUUGUCCCAGGCUACGACCACGCCGGUAUCGCUACCCAGGCUGUUGUCGAGAACCGCUUGCUGAAGACUGAGGGCCACUCUCGGCAUCACUACGGGCGCGAGAAGUUCCUCGAGAAGGUCUGGGACUGGAAGGACCAGUACCAGGCCAACAUUACCAACCAGAUGCGCCGUCUCGGUGGAUCGUUUGCGUGGGACCGUGUGGCCUUCACCAUGUCAGAUGAACUCUCCGAGGCCGUCAAGGAGGGCUUCAUCACUAUGCACGAGAAAGGCCUCAUCUACCGCGCCAACCGUCUCGUCAACUGGUGCUGCUACCUCAACACGUCGCUGUCCAACCUCGAGGUCGACCAGAAGGAGCUGACUGGGCGCACUCUCAUGAACGUCAAGGGUUACGACGCCAAGGAGCGCUUCGAGUUCGGUGUCAUCACCUCCUUCAAGUACCCUAUUGAGAACUCGGACGAGUUCAUUGUCGUCGCCACCACACGUCCCGAGACCAUGCUUGGUGAUACCGCCGUUGCCGUCCACCCCGACGACCCGCGGUACAAGCACCUCCACGGCAAGUUUGUCGUCCACCCCUUCAAUGGCCGCCGCAUUCCCAUCGUCACCGACGCUAUCACCGUAGACAUGGAGUUCGGAACUGGUGCGGUCAAGAUCACUCCCGCCCACGACCCCAAUGACUUCGAGUGCGCCCAGCGCAACAACCUCGAGUUCAUCAGCCUGAUGAACGACGAUGGCACCUACAACGAGAACGCCGCCCCCUUCGCGGGCAAGAAGCGCUUCCACGUCAGGAAUGAGGUCGUUGCGGCCCUCAAGGAGAAGGGUCUCUACGUGGGUCAGGAGGACAACGCCAUGUCUAUCCCUAUCUGCUCGCGCUCGGGCGAUGUCGUCGAGUCGAUCAUGAAGCCCCAGUGGUGGGUCAGCUGCAAGCCGAUGGCCGACGACGUCCUUAAGCGCACUGCCGCGGGUGAGCUCGAGCUUAAGCCCAAGGCGAUGCAGGGUGACUGGACUCGGUGGAUGGAGAACAUGCAGGACUGGUGCAUCUCGCGUCAGCUUUGGUGGGGCCACCGGUGCCCUGCCUACCUCAUGUCUUACGAGGGUGAGAGCCCCGACAGCGCCGACGAGAAGAACUGGAUCAUUGCCCGCUCGCUCGAGGACGCCACCAAGGAGGCCGACAAGCGCGCCAACGGUCGCAAGUACACUCUUGAGCAGGACGAGGAUGUCCUCGACACAUGGUUCUCCUCCGGCCUCUGGCCCUUCUCCACGAUGGGUUGGCCCAACAAGACCAAGGACCUUGAGCACUUCUACCCCAACUCGAUCCUUGAGACUGGAUGGGACAUCAUCUUCUUCUGGGUUGCCCGCAUGGCCUUCUUCGGCACUGUUCUCACCGGCAAGAUGCCCUUCAAGGAGGUCUACCUCCACCCCAUGGUCCGUGACGCCUGGGGCCGCAAGAUGUCCAAGUCGACCGGCAACGUCAUUGACCCGCUUGACGUUAUCACUGGCCAGAACCUGCAGAAGCUCCACAACGACCUCCGAAGCGGCAACCUGCCUGAGUCGGAGAUCCAGAAGGCCGAGCAGGGCCAGAAGAAGCUCUUCCCCAAGGGCAUUCCUCAGUGCGGCACCGACGCCCUCCGCUUCACUCUCUGCAACUACGCCCAGGGUGGUCGAGACAUCAACCUCGAGAUCGGCCGUGUUGAGGGAUACCGCAAGUUCUGCAACAAGCUCUGGAACGCCACUAAGUUUGCGCUUUUCCGUCUUGGUCUCGUCGACCUUGAGGGCAAGAGACUGCAGAGCACUUUCGUCCCGAACGACUCGGCAAAGCCUACCGGCAAGGAGAGCAUUGCUGAGAAGUGGCUGCUGCAGCGCCUUAACAUCGCCGCCGCGGGCGUCAACUCGUGCAUGGAGAACCGUGACUUUGCCGAGGCGACUAACUACGCAUACCGCUUCUUCUUGAACGACUUGUGCGACGUCUUCAUUGAGGCGACCAAGCCGACUUUCGAAUCGGGCGACGACACACCAGAGAAGGUCUCGGCCCAGAACACGCUUUACACCGCUCUCGAGGGCGGUCUUAAGCUUCUCCACCCCUUCAUGCCGUACGUUACCGAGGACUUGUGGCAGCGCCUGCCCCGCCGCGCUGGCGACGAGACACCCUCUAUCAUGGUCUCUACCUUCCCAGAGGAGAUCUCCGAGUACAACUUCCCUGAGGCCGAGAACCAGUUCAACCUCGUCAACGACGUCAUCAAGUCGGCGCGUACCAUUGUCGGCCUGUACAACUUGCCAACGAACGGCAAGACGCUCGAGGACAAGAUCACUGUCGUCGUCCAGACCAAGAACCCCGAGCUCAAGGCCAUGCUCGAGACGCAGGCACCUAUCAUCGUGGCGCUCACCAAGGGUGCUGGGCAGGCGCUCUUCGUCGCCGAGGACAGCGAGGUUCCUCGCGGGUGCGGUACCGAGACCGUCACCGCCGAGGUCAACGUCCACGUCCCUGUUGAGGGCAAGGUCGACGCCAACGCCGAGAUUGGCAAGCUUGAGAAGAAGCAGGCGCUCGCCGAGGGCAACCGCGACAAGCUUGUCAAGGUCACACAGCAGGCCAACUACGAGACCAAGAUCCGCGAGGAGGUCCGUGCUGAGAACGCUGAGAAGCUGCAGAAGUUCGAGGCCGAGAUCGAGACAAUUCGCCUUGGCAUCGAGCGUUUCAAGCUGUUGCUGUAAACAUCGAUCAUAUAAGUGUGUAGAGGGGAU